UUUUUGUGAUUUGCUCCACACAUUCUUCUAAACAAAUUGCGUUGUAGCUUGUAGGAAAGAAUAGUUCUGCGGGUUCUGCGGCAGAGUAUUUUAAUUUUACAUAACAAAACUUUCAGAAUGUCGCUGCUUCGUGUGACGCGGUCCUCUGGGCAUUUGAGUGCAGUAUGUCGUUUGCCGGCACGUUCGAUUAGUACCACUAGCAUCUUGUUGGUUCCUUCCAAUGAGGGAAACAAACCUCCAACACCUAUGAUAGAUUUGGAAGACAAAUCUCUUCCGAUUCCUAUCUAUAAGGAAAAGAAGAAUGAGCCACUCCAGCUGCAGAAAUCUAGGUUGCUGUACCAAUCGAGGAAGCGCGGUAUGCUGGAAAAUGGUCUACUGCUGAGCACUUUCGCGGCCAAGCAUCUGGAAUCGAUGGAUGCUAAGCAAACAAAAUUGUACGAUCAGCUGAUCAACAUGCCCACGAACGACUGGGACAUCUUCUACUGGGCAACGGGUGUGAAACCAACCCCAGCCGAGUAUGAUAAUGAGAUUAUGGCAUUGUUGAAGGACCACGUCAAGAAUGCCAACCGGGAGAAAAGGAUUUGUCAGCCUAAUUUGUAUUGAAGAGAUUCUUUUUAGUAAAAAUAUGAUGCAGAAUGUUAUUAAAGAAGUUUAAAUUACUAGA